CACUGCGCUGCAAACGCGGAAGCGUGACGCCAGCCAACGAGACAAUCGCCGGUGAGUAGAGCAACUCCGAGGCUAUUAGUAUAAGGAGAAAUAGCUUGCAAGAAAUGUCCCAGUCUCAUGCUGUGCCAACUCGGAGAUCCUCACUAACGGGUGAAGAUCGUAACAAGAGGUACAAGAGCCACGAACGGCGAGUUUUGAUAUAGUGCAAAGAAGGGCGGAUCUACUUCGUUUCGAAGGUCUUGAAGCGUAGAGACUCGCACCGUGAUCCUCAGCUGGUAAGAGGUGUAGGUGCGAUACUUAUGUCUGCUCUAGGGUCGUGGCCAUGACCUACACGUCCAGACAAAAGGCACCAUCAAGUUUAUCGGGGAACUCUUCAAAUUACAAAUGCCGACGGCCCGCAUCAUGCACGAGUGUAUCAAGAAGCUUUUGUCAAACGUCGAUGAUCCCGAAGAAGAGGAAAUUGAGAGCCUGUGUCAACUUCUCACAACUGUCGGACAUCACCCACCACAUGACUUGCCGACCAACAGAAGAAGCACACCAUACCAAGAGGCUGUUGUCCCUUACACACACAGGCGAGGCGGAAAUAUCAUACCGAUGCCCCGGGGCUGCAUUUGGUUUGAUAGAUGAUAAUUUGACGGUCACUGCCUAGGCCAUAACGCACUUGGCAGACUGUUCGCUACAAUGUUAUUUUGUUC